GCAUCUUCUAGAGACCCAAACGAUUCAAUUCGAGGACCACGUCACACAGCGCUCUAGAAGACGAGUUCUUCCUUUACAUGUGUGUUCCAAACUGAGCCGCAAGAACAUAUUCCAUUAGACUAUUCCCUUUCGUUUUCUUUUUUUCGUCACGAGCACGAUGAAGUUUCUUGUGAUUACUUGCUGCUGCAUCGCGAUCCAGAUCCUUGGCACUGCUGCUGAAGGAACGGAUUACUACGUUGGCGAUUGGACGACUGGAGUGAAUUUCACGCAAUGGUCUCAAGGCAGAGUCUUCCACGCCGGUGACAUACUGAUCUUCACAGUCUCCGCGAGUGAUACCAUCCUCCGGGUGCCAAAAUCUGUCUAUGAUGACUGCAAGUGGGAUUUGCGCUUCCCUAAGAUCUUCCCACAUCCAGGAAACACGACAUGGAACGAGACGGUGGUGCCAUGGGUGGGAGAAAACUAUUACGUCUCUUCGGUCCAGGACAAUUGCAACGCUGGGAAGAAGUUUAUGGUGAGCGUCGAGUCUCCUCCGGUUUACACUCCGACAGAGUACACGGUUGGAGAUGAUCGAGGAUGGGCUCCAGGUGUGGAUUACUCGCAGUGGACUGCCAACAAAAACUUCUACUUUGGGGAUUCUUUCAGGUUUUUGUUCAAUGCCUCGCAGCACUCGGUGGUGGAAGUUUGGGAGCCCGGUUACCAGCUUUGUAACGAGUCCUACUUUGUGCCGGUGCUCGGACUCGCGUCGAGGCAAAGCGAUGGAAGAACUUUGCUCAAGGUGGUGCCACCUCUGGGAAUGCGCUACUACACGAGCGCCAAUGGGAACGAUUGCCAGUCGGGGCUCAAGAUGGAGCUGGAGAUCAAGCCACAGUACGAGGCUUUUGCUCCAUCUCCAUCGCCAGAGGAAGCAUUCUCGCCCACUGGUGGAGUUGCCGGACAAGAAACCUCCGCUGGUUAUAGAUCGAUGACCUCGCUUGGAUCUGGAGCGGCGAUCGUGGUGUUGUUGCUGCUCGCCAUAGCUUGAUCGCGAUUUAUAUUGUUUGUGUGGUUUCCAUUUCUUCUAAUAAAACUACUUAAGUAA